AAAUGGCGGAUAUGUGUAAUUCAAACUAGGAAAAACAUAACCGUCGGACGUAAUAAAUUGUUGAACAGGCUAUAGUAAGAAAAUUACAUACUUAUAGCGUAGUUUUAGUCAUAUGAGUUUUUUAUCGUUAAAAGAAUAUCCAGUUAUACCGAUGUCAAGAAUACGUUGAACGGAUCAGACAACCUCUUUUAAACAUAUUGUCAAAGAUGCCCCCAAAAGCUGCAGUUGCACGGCCUGCUGCUAAAAAAAAGGCACCCAUCCACAAGCUGCCAGAUCCUAUCAAAGAUGGGGAAAUUGUUCGUGAUAUUCAGAAACGAGAAUGGAGGCUUGGGAAAUCUAUAGGAGUUGGAGGCUUUGGGGAAAUUUAUGCAGCAUCUGAUAAAAUUGAUAAACCAGUUUCUGCUGCAGACGCACAAUAUGUGAUUAAAAUUGAACCUCAUUCCAAUGGACCAUUAUUUGUGGAAAUGAAUUUUUACAUGAGAGUAGCUAAAGCAGAUCUGAUUGAGGAGUGGAUCACUUCUAGGAAGCUCAAGUUUCUGGGUAUGCCCCGUUUUGUCGGUUCGGGCUCUCAUAUAUAUAAGGGAGAAAAAUAUCGUUUCAUGGUGAUGCAGCGCUUUGGUACAGAUGUUCAAAAACUAUUUGACGCCAAUCAGCGCCAUUUCCCUCUAAACACCAUUCUUAACCUGGCAAUGAGGAUCAUCGACGUUCUGGAAUAUAUACAUUCCAAACAAUAUGUCCAUGCUGACAUCAAAGGUUCCAACCUGCUUUUAGGAUUCGGAAAGGGAAGUGAGAAUCAAGUAUGGCUCGUCGAUUUUGGUCUCGCUUGUCGUUACAUUAUCGACGGGGUACACAAAGAAUAUAGACCUGACUUGAGAAAAGCCCAUAAUGGCACUAUAGAAUUCACCAGUCGUGAUGCUCAUAUCGGAGCCAAUGGUCGUCGGGGAGAUUUUGAAAUUCUUGGCUACAAUAUGCUGCAAUGGAUGUGUGGCCGUCUUCCCUGGGAAAGUAAUCUGACUGAUCCAGAAUACGUCGCCAGUCAGAAGAAUAAAUAUAUGUCGGAUAUUCCAUUGCUCAUUAACGCAUGCUUUCCAUCAAAAAAUGCACCAGCCGUCAUGGGAAAAUUCUUGGAAAUGGUGGCACAGCUGAAAUUCGACGAGAAACCAAAUUAUGACAAGUUUAAACAAUUACUACGUCAAGGUUUGAAGGACGGUGGAUUCCCAGACAAUGGGGCUCUCGCGUUCCCCAACAUGAAUAAAAAACCCAAUAGUAUCGCACGCAUUUCACCCAAGAAACACUCCGUUCCUGCACCACCUUUGGAUGAUGAGACAGAAAAUAGCCCUGUGAAACAAAAAGCCAAAACCAGUAUUAAAAAGAGUCGAGAACCCUGUUCGCCCAAAGUCACAAAUCGUAGGGCUACGCGACGGGCAAAUAUGUCACCAGAGUGCGAUACGACAGAUUCCAGCAGUCUCAGCGGUACAAUGUUGGGUGUUCCCAAAAAGAGAUCAGCUGAAAAGAAAGAGCUCCCCAAAGAUUCACCUGCCAAGCAAGACACAUCACUUUGUAAUCCUACGCCAGCAAUGCUUGCUAUUCUGGCCCGUAUGCGUAGCAAGGAGGAGACAGCAGCAGCAGCCGUUCCCUCGAAAAGGAAACAAGCCAGGUUGGACAGUCGCUCUUGUAGCCCCAUCGAUCUCGAUUCCAGUUCGAUUCUAACACCCGCUAUGGAAGAAGUCAUUCGCGUGAGGGAAGUACGUAAAAGUAUGGAACAGAGUGGCCAUUUUUUCACGCCAAUUUGCAGCCCAAUGACGGAAUCUGCCAACAGUGCAACAUCUGGUGGUCAUUUUCCAUUUCCAUCCUCUACGCCACGAAAUUUGGAUUUAUACAUGACCCUUGAUUGCACUCCGGAAGAGGAACCUCGAAGGAAAAAGAGCAUGGGAAGUGGAGGCGGUCAAGCUUCCAGUACUAGAAGGUCUCCGCGUACUCAGGUCAAUAGGAACAAACAUCAGGAAUCGGUGAUCUUGGACGACACGACGGCGUCAUCUGUGGAUUCCAGCACUGCCGGUGAAUCGUCAACCUCCGUCACGCCAGAUAACAACAAACGACGCGUUGUUUUUAUGCGGACCUAUGAACCGGUCGAAAUGACCACUGUUGCUACACAAACGACGCCAGGUGUUUUAAAAGUCACGGCUCCCCAACGUCGUUACGCCCUUAGAUCGGCUCAAUCGCCUCUUAGUACUCCAGGGGGGCUACGCCCUCCUCCCCAAGUGAUCGACCUUAGUCCUGAUAUGUUCCGUGACGGUAGUCCCUGAUUUAUCGAUUUUUUUACGAACUUUUUCACAUUGUCUAUUAAGGCGCUUUUUUCCCCCUUGUCCUCGUCUCGGAGUUUUAAUUAUUUAAAUUAAUCUUAAGUCGAAUUGCAACUCUUUUUCUUCUUGAUUUUAGUGGUACUUAGAGAUGUAAGCGAUUAGCUACUACCCAAGUAGAGCCUUUACUCUAAUUCCUAUGAUAUAUUCGAAUUUUCUUCAACGUUUACGUGUAGAACAGAACAGAUAACAAACAGGUUAUUUCACUAUACAUACGAGAAGCCUUGCCUUGUUUAUUGUAUCGGUGUAGUUACGCGAGUCUCGUUGCAAUUUUGAGCGGAAACUAAUAAAGACCAAAUCGUUCAACA